AAUGAACAGAUCAGCAUUCCCAUUGCUCUUUUCCUAAACAAAGCCAAUUGUUUUUCUGAUUCUUGCUCCUUCAAUUCUGAGUCCCAAGAAAAUGCAUGAACUGGAUCAUUACAGGGUCUGCGCCGUGAAGGCCAAGAAGGGCGUAGAGUGAAUAUUGCUGUCAAAAAAGCAUUUUCUCCUUCUCUUGUGGCUUGUAAAACCAAUCCCAUCCAUAUUAUGGAUCUUUCUGAACCUUGAUUCGGUGGUGAAUUGUGGACGCAAUCGGUGAAAAAUGCGACGACGGGCGGCCGACUAUCGGCGCCCGGUUCGACGGAGGUUUUCUUAUUGGAUCUGGUUGCUUCUUGGCUUGUUCUGUCUAGCAGGCUUUGUUUUGUUUGUCGUACAACACAAUCACCACGAAGAUCGGGGUGAGCUUCCCUUUCUGGAGAGAGAUGAAAUAAUGGAACCCGCUGAUAAGGACAGUUUGAAUUUUACAGAAGAAAUAUCAAGCGUAACCUCAUUUUCACGGCAGUUAGCAGAACAAAUGAUUUUGGCCAAGGCUUAUGUGAUAAUUGCCAAAGAGCACAAUAACCUUCACCUAGCCUGGGAGCUUAGCUCAAAGAUCAGAAGUUGUCAGCUCUUGCUUUCUAAAGCUGCCAUGACAGGAAAGCCCAUCACAUUUGAGGAAGCAGAGCCAAUUAUAAAAAGCUUAUCUUCUCUAAUUUUUAAGGCACAGGAUAUCCAUUAUGAUGUUGCAACCACAAUAAUGACAAUGAAAUCACGUAUCCAAUUUCUUGAAGAUCGAGCACAUUCAGCGACAGUCCAAGGGAACUUUUUUAGUCAAGUAGUUGCUGAAGGCCUACCCAAGAGCCUUCAUUGCCUACAAAUCAAACUUAUGGCAGAUUGGGUCAAAAUGCCAUCCUUGCAUGAACUUGCUGAUGAGAAGAGAGGCUCCCCACGUCUAACGGACAACAAUUUAUAUCAUUUUUGCAUAUUUUCAGAUAAUGUGCUUGCUACUUCUGUUGUUGUGAACUCCACGGUCUCAAAUGCUGACCAUCCAAAACAAUUGGCCUUUCACAUUGUUACUAAUGGAGUUAAUUAUGGAGCAAUGCAAACAUGGUUCCUCAUUAACGACUUUAAAGGGGCCACCAUAGAAGUGCAGAAUUUUGAGAAUUUUCAUUGGUUGAAUGAAUCUUAUUCUCCAAUUGUCAAGCAACUCCUCAACGCUGAUUCACGAUCCUUUUAUUUUGGGGUGUAUAAGGAUUUGGAUGUUGAAGCAAAACUGCACAAUCCUAAGUAUCUGUCUUUACUAAAUCAUCUUCGGUUUUACAUCCCUGAGAUCUAUCCACAACUUGAGAAGGUUGUAUUUCUUGAUGAUGAUGUUGUUGUCCAGAAGGAUCUGAUUCUUUUCUCGUUGGAUUUGCAUGGAAAUGUGAAUGGUGCUGUGGAAACGUGUCUUGAAGUAUUUCAUCGUUUUUAUAAGUAUCUCAACUUCUCAAAUUCAAUUAUAAGCUCAAAGUACGAUCCUCAGGCAUGUGCGUGGGCUUUUGGUAUGAACGUUUUUGACUUGGUUGCCUGGAGGAAAACAGAUGUGACUGCAAGAUAUCACUAUUGGCAAGAGCAGAAUGCUGAUGGGUCACUAUGGAAUCUGGGUACUCUGCCUCCUGGUCUUCUAAGUUUUUAUGGUCUGACGGAGAUACUUGAUAGGAGAUGGCAUGUUUUAGGAUUGGGGAAUGACGUAAAUAUUGAUAAUCGCCUGAUCGAAAGUGCAGCAGUUAUUCACUUUAAUGGGAACAUGAAGCCUUGGCUGAAGUUGGCUGUCAGCAAAUACAAGCCACUAUGGGAUCGGUACAUAAAUCAAAGUCAUCCUUAUCUUCAAGACUGUGCCACAGGUUGAAAUGCACUACUUGAUUGUCGAAGAACUUAGCAAUCUCAAUAUUAUUAUUUUUUUUUACACUUAAAAAACACAGCUGCCUUACUGUAGCGACAGAAUUAGACGAUCUUGACUUCUCUAGAAGUUCCCUUGUUUUACCUUUUUUCCCCUUUUCAGUCAUAGUGACAAUAUCCUGAAGGAAAAAUGAUGCUUCUAUACUAAAAAGUUCAAUGCUAGGUGAAGAGGACGUGGGAGAUUUUUUUUUUUUGAGGGGGAGUUUCUUCCCCUUCUGCAAGCUGUAGAAUUCUGUAGUAAUUCUUAUAAUUUUUCAGCCCUUUCAAAUUGUAAUGUAAUUGAACAGAUUU